AUGACGACGGGAGAGUCAGACUUCCUUUUCCUGGAACGAGGCGAAAAGAAACGAAAACUCUUCGUUCGCACCGAUUUGCCAUCUGCGACAAAAAGAAAUAUAAUAAAUUGUGUGGUUCUUUUCUCCCACGGGUUACACGAACACUCCUCGAGAUUUGCCGAAACGUUUUCCCUGUGGGCGAGCGCAAAGUACAACAUCGCCUCGGUUUCGUUCGAUCACAUCGGACACGGCAAAUCGGACAAUUACGACUGCGAGAUAAAACACCAGAUUGAAAGUUUUGAAAAGUGCGUGGAAGAUUUCCGAGCGGUGGUGGAGUACGCACAGAUGAGAUUUGGACGCAAAGUUCCAAUCGCUUUAGCCGGUGUGUCUUUAGGCGGGUUGUUCGCGUUGCGUUGCGCGAUGACGUAUCCGAAAAACUACUUUUUCGCGAUUGUUUUAAUCGCGCCGGCGAUUAACGUGAAAUGGACCGCGCAGAAGAAAGCUUUGGCAAUGGUUGGGGAGGUGAUUGCAAAAGCGACGCCGAAUAUGAAAGUCGUUCCGGCGACGACGAUGCAGAGUUUAACCGAAGACGCGGCCACGGCGAGAGAGUUUGAGGAAGAUCCGUUUAAUUACGUGGGGAAAGCGCGAGCGAGGUUCGGGAACGAGAUUUUAAAAGCGAUGAAAGGAUUGGAAAAAGCGAGUGAAAGUGGACGUCUCGAUGGGAUAACGAGAAACAUACUCGCCGUGCACGCCGAGAAGGACGCGGCGACGUGCGCGCAGUCCACCGAACGCUUGUUCUCGCGCUCGUUGAAAUCCAUCCCAAAUAAACAGUUCGUCAAACUCACGCACACGAAAGGACACUUGUUAUUGCACGAACCCGGGUGCGAGUGGACGAGAGCGUUGAUUGGUCGGUUUUUAGUCGAAGCCGUUUUAGAGAUGAAAAAUUCAAAUUCAUCGUCUUCGUCGUUAGCGUCGUCGUCUGAAUCCUCGUCUUUGAUGAAAACAAACGAUGUUUUGUUUUCUUCUUUGUCAUCUUCUUCGAUGAUUCGUAAUAAUAGUAAUAGUCAUAAUAGAAGCAAACUAGUAGAAAAAGAAGACCAAGACCAAGAGGAAGAAGAAAGGAAAAGAAAAAAAAUGUACCAAAGAGCUUUUCUCGAGAGCGUGGACGAGCGAAACUUUUUGCUCGCUAAGAGUCGAUUGUGA